AAACAGAGAGCUUCUCACGAAGACCAUCUUCCGAUAAUAAUACCCCGAAGAGAGAGACAGAGAGAGAGAGAGAAAGAGCAGCCUCUCUUCUCCUUUCUCUCUCUACAGGACAAAGGGACUCUCUCGUCUUCUCCCUCCCUCUCUCUCUCUCUGGAGCGACCCGUUUCGACCGAGGCGUUUGUUGUGCUCUCCCCCCUCACCUCAAAGCGUUUAUGGAGUCUCUGGGUUUCAUGGAGGACCUCCUCGACUUCACCGACUUGGGCGAGGUCGUCGACGAGGAAGACGACCCCGGCAAGAGCAGCUCCAAGGCCGCCGUCGCCUCGUUGCCCGACUCCGCGAGUUUCGACGAUUCGACCCCUUCUGUCCCUGAAUGUGGGGAGGAAGAAUUGGAAUGGAUAUUGAACAAGGACGCGUUCCCGUCUUUGGAAUCAUUCGUUGACAUUCUCCCUGACCAACCGGGGAACAUCUUUAAGGACGACGGCCUCAUUCCUGUGCUCGAAAACAGCAGCAGCAGCAGCAGCACAACGACCAGCACAAACAGCACUAGCAACAGGAGCGGCCGCACGACCAUUGUGAGUUGUUGCGGCGGCCCCCAUGUGCCAGUCCGUGCCCGAAGCAAGCGGGCCCGCAGCCGCCGGUGUGGGGAAUUCGCUGUUUUUUCUGCCGCGAGGUCAUGCCGGGACCAAGAGAAGGCGAGCAAGAAGGCUAAGUUGGGUCAAGGCGGCGUCAAGAUCGGGAGGAAGUGCUUGCAUUGCGGGUCGGAGAAGACACCGCAAUGGCGUGCAGGGCCGCAGGGACCCAAGACUCUAUGCAAUGCUUGCGGGGUGAGGUUCAAGUCAGGCCGGCUCGUGCCCGAGUAUAGGCCGGCGAGUAGCCCUACUUUCUCAAGCAAUUUGCACUCGAACUCGCACCGGAAGAUAAUAGAGAUGAGGAAGGUGAAGCAAAUGGGUGCGGGGUUGAAAGGUGUGGAUAUGAGAGUAAAGUAGGGGAGGGUAGUAUUAGUAGAGUCUAGUCUUCUUUUAUAUGAUCAAUCAUUUAGGUCUCUUUCUUCCCUUUUAUAGGCAUAGUCUUAGUAUUUAGGAGUCAGCGGUUUGGUUUAAAUUUAAUGGAGAUUUCAAAGUUCUUUGUCAUGCUAAAAGAAAUCUCAUUUGGGGAAUUUUGACAUUGGCAAUGUUGGUUUGCCAUGCUUUGGAACAAGGAAGGACGAAAAAAAGAAGAGGAGGAUGAAGUUAGAGCUCAUUUUCUUUGUUGCUCAUUUCAAAUUCUUUUUGCAAGUGCUUGAAUUGCAGAUGAGGAAGUUUUGGGAGAGUAUUGCUUGCAAGAAUUGAGGGUGCUGGUGAUGCUUGGUUGAGGAAAGCUGAUUCUCUGUGGUUUAUGAUGACUUUGAAGUUCAACUUGGCGUGGAAGGGUAGUUGGGGAGCGGUUGAUGUCGACGAACGAUGAUUUGUAACAUAAAUUUAGUCUGAUUGAAUUGGAGAUUGCAGCUGAUUUUCCUAGGCUGUCUUGUUUUUGUUUGACAUUAUUGUUUACCUUGCAGCAUUGGCAGAUUUUCUUGGCAUGAAACUCUUCUGUUUGCUUCA